UACAAGGUAAGUGUGUGUGUGUAUCACCUACUUUUUUCACAUUACAUAUGUACAAGCAACCAUUACUGACUGGUUUCUGGUAAUUGCACAGUAAUUUAAUAAACACUGACAGUUUUAAUCGCCUUGUUUGGAAAAAAAAGUGUAAUGUGAGAGAUGUAAAACGUUAUAAUCUCAACUUGCCAGACUAAGUGGGCACAUUAAAGUCUUGAUUACAUACGUUGCAGGCAUAUUAUUGCAAUACACUUGCGAUGCAUAUAGCAACGUCUGCAUUUAAAUAAGCAAUUGUAAAAUAAGUGCUACAUUUGACAAUGUAUUCACUUGGAAUUAAUUUACAAGUCCAGUAAAGCAUCUAAAAUAUAUUUCUUUAAAUCCUGUAAAGCAUCCAAAUAUGAGCAUUUGUAAUGAAGAACAUCUGUCAUGUGUGGAAGUCAAAAUGUAAAUGUGUUUUAUCUGCGAUAGCUGCAACAAUACCUAUCAACUACUUUUGAAUAAAUCACUUGGUUUAUUGAAACAAAAUGACCCCAACGUUACAAGUCUACGCACUCAAAUUAGUAUUACAUAUUUUAUUUUUUAGAAAGACACGAAAGUGCACACAGUCCUCAAAGCUUAAUAUCGGCCAAUAUGUCACCUAUUUUAAGUGCUUAACAGAGGUCACCUGUUUUUAAGUGUUAGAAGUGUUACAUUUUAAUACGUGUUUGCCGUUAUAAAACAUUGAAAAUGCGUAGUGCCUACAGAAGGAGUUACACACAAAACGAUAACAAAGUGCCCUUUGUUGGUAGUUACUGUUGACUAUGACAAGUCACAUGUUUUACAUGUGAUAUGUGCAUAAGAGCCUCUCCUCUUGUAAUUGCCAUUAUGAAACAAGCCCCAUCAGUCGCCAAGGCACAAAUCUAAGCUGAAGAAUGUCACACUGCUGGGUCUCGUACAGUCACAGUAGCUACUCAUCCCGGAGAAGGCAUUCUGGCUGCCGAUGGACACGCUUAAAGCUGCGGCUAGUUUCCUCACGGGACUGCUGGGCCCUUCUUGCGAGAUCGACAUUGUGUUGGAUGGAGCGGAGACCAGAAAGACUGCUGAGAGUAAGACUGAGGAUGGAAAGGUGGAGAAACACUUUUUGUACUUUGACGGCGAGUCCGUCUCCGGAAAGGUGAACAUCACCAUGAAGCAGUCGGGGAAGAGGCUGGAGCACAAUGGCAUAAGGAUAGAGUUUAUUGGACAGAUUGAGCUAUUUUAUGACAAGAGCAACACCCACGAGUUUGUGAGUUUGGUGAAGGAGCUGGCUUUGCCCGGGGAGCUCACGCAGAGCCGCAGCUACGACUUUGACUUCAUGCAGGUGGAGAAGCCCUACGAGUCGUACACCGGCACCAACGUGCGUCUCCGGUAUUAUUUGAAAGUGACAAUCGCCCGUCGUUUGACGGACAUUGUGAAGGAGUACGAGCUUGUGGUUCACCAGCUCUCCACAUACCCCGACGUCAACAGCUCCAUUAAGAUGGAGGUGGGCAUCGAGGACUGCCUGCACAUCGAGUUUGAGUACAACAAGUCCAAGUAUCACCUGAAGGAUGUGAUUGUGGGUAAAAUCUACUUCCUGCUUGUAAGGAUCAAAAUCCAGCACAUGGAACUGCAGCUCAUCAAGAAGGAGAUCACGGGUGGCGGUCCAAGCACGACCACAGAAAGCGAGACCAUCGCCAAGUACGAGAUUAUGGACGGUGCCCCCGUCAAGGGAGAGUCCAUCCCCAUCCGACUCUUCCUCGCCGGCUACGAUCUCUCCCCCACCAUGAGAGACGUCAACAAGAAGUUCUCUGUGCGUUACUUCAUCAACCUGGUGCUCAUCGAUGAGGAAGACCGGCGAUACUUCAAGCAGCAGGAGGUGGUGUUAUGGAGGAAGGCUCCAGAGAAGAUGAAGAGAAGACCGUACGCAUACCAUUAUGAAUCAACCCAGGAUGCCCAUCAAGCUGAGAUCUGAUGUUUCACUGGCCAGCCCUUGCAUCUGUCCUGAUUAACCCAUCGCUACCUGCCAACUUCCCCUUGUGUGUCCACGUGCAGGCUGUGUGAUUUGGAGGUUUUACCAAAUUCUUAGUUUUUUUUUUUUGUUGCAUGAUUUGGACAUAAACACCGAACUUUCACAUUCUGGCACAUCCUUGUCUCAGUUUCCUCACUAUUUGAGACCUGGGAAACAUGGUGGUGAAAGUUCAUCUCGGUUUCAAAGUAAAACUGUGAGCAAAGUCAUUUCAUUUGGAUGUGUUUCUUAUGUGUUUGGCAGUACAUAUUCAUACAUAAAGUCAUGUUUUUGUUUUCUCAAGUAAUGCUUAAUUUUUCACAAACGUGUUAUACUUUGUUUUGCACAUUUUACUGGAUUAUCUUGAUCGUUUUUGCAAUUUUCGUUUUUCCCAUAAUCGGUUAUAAUCUAAAAGGUUAUUUGUAUUUUGUCCAAUUCUGAUUGUAAUGGUUAUGCUUAUUAGUUUUUAACAAUAUCACAAUAAGGAAAUUUGCUUAUCAUGCACUGUGCGAGGCACUGCAUCAUUUCGUUUGGAGGCUAUGCAUUAGCCAAAUUAAGAUGCAGGUUUAUUCGGUUUAAAAUUAGGCACAACAUUAAAACAUAGCACUUUAUGCCCACAAACAAUUUUAAAGUAUGCAAUUGCAAGCACAUCUUACAUUACCGUCUUUCAAUGAGAGAUAAAAAAAUAAAUAAUGAAGAUCAUUUUGGUUUACAUUUGCUGUCUACUUGUCAGUUACCACCGAAAUUGCAACAUUUUAUUUGUAAAAAAAAAAAGUGCAGCAGUAAUGUCAGCUUAAAGAAGAUAUCGCAUAUUCACCGAUAUCCAAGGAUUAAUCUGCUGUGUAUGUCAUCAGUGCUGCUGUGUGAUUACCCUGCCCGUGUUAGGUCUUGCACACGUGUACUUAUUUAGAACCGCAUGCCCUCUUGUCAUCAGAUGAACUUUGUUAUUGUCUUCAAUCACGUCCAUGGUUAUAUAUGUACCCUUGUCUGCAUGUUCUUCAAUCAAAUCGCAGUACUGUAGAACACUGAACCAUCAAGCAGUCGGCAAAGGUUACUAAAAAGUUGUAUAUAGCCAUCAUAAACUUGUAUAAAACUCUAUCUUUAACAUACCACAAAUACAUAUUACCAAGAAUAGCGCCUGAAUAUCUAGAAGUUCAGUGACUUUAUUGACAUGCAGUUCUCGCAUAUUAUGCAUUUGUUUAAACCUUUAGAUCAUGCUCCAUACGUGCUAUACACUUGAUAUGAUGUGGUGUGUAUGCAUCCUCUCUAUCGACAUAUGCUAACAUGACAGCUAAAGUCAAUUGCUAGUCGGCAUCGGGCAAAGUCCAAAUCUGAUGUAUUUCACUCGAUUGUAAAACACUUGACUUGAAAAGGCAAAAUGUCAUUGUGACACUUGGUAUAUUGGGGUAUUAAUGGCAUGAAGGUCCUUUAAAAAAAUAUAUACAUUUAUAUAAAUGUUUAUUCAUAAGGAAGCCAUUCUUAAAGGGUGAUUGUGGCGCUUGACAAAAGGGCAUUCUAAAAAAAAAAUUGUGCUGUAUUAACAAAGGUUGUGCUGCCAAUUCCAAAUGUUUUUGCCUUCAUUUUCUGAGCUGUUAUCAAAGCAUGCUUGUUAAACGCUUAAUAUGCAGUAUAAAAAGCAAAGUUUUUUUGUACAUUGUGUGCCAGUGUAGUGGUUUUCUUGCUUAAAUGACACGCAGUCCACUACUACACGCAGUAAUCGAAGUACGAGCAGUGUGGCUGGCUUUACUGUUAUUUAGUAACUGCAGAUUAAGAGCUAUGACUUAUGCCAAACGACAACACGUGAAUGGGAAUGGUUAUAUAAAUAUUAUAUUCUUGGUUCUUUCGGUAAAGCCACGUAGGAAAACAAUAAAAUAAUAAAAAUAUAAAACAAAAUUCUCAAGACGUAUAUAAAUAUUGGCAAUGUGAACUGCUAAAUAUAGGUAUUUCAGGCAUAUUUUUGUGUUAUUUCAAAUUAAACAACACCUUUCCCUUUGUUUCUGCAUUUUAUGCAAAUAAAAUUGCUAAUUGAGCAUUU